AUGCCCAGUGUCAUUAUUUCUAAAUAUCUAUCUAUCUAUCUAUCUAUCUAUCUAUCUAUCUAUCUAUCUUGCACACACACACACACCCUCUUCAUCUUGGAAGACGCGUCGAUAGAGUUUGACAGGACCGCUGAAGAAAAAGUCCGUCCUACAACAUUUCUUCUUAUAGAGAAUGCUUUCUUUCCGUCAACCAAUAAAAUCGUCUGCCAGGCAGACAUUUUUUUUUUAUUCUUCACAUUCCUUUCCUGCAGAAUUUUUUCACUGUUUCAUUUUCAUCAGCCGUAUUCUUUUAUCGAACUUCACUCAUUCCAGGCCAUCUAUCUAAAUAGGCAUCAUCAAGAUGUUCAACUGACCGUCCGCCCGUCGCUGUUUCUCGUUCAUUCUCUCUCUCUCUUUCUCUCUUUCAUUCUCUCUCACUCUCUCACUUACUCCGUCCUCCUCAUCAAUAUCUUUCGUGGCUUGUUUGAGCAUCAUGCUGAAGAAGAUGAUGAAGAGAGUCCGUGCCAGAACGCAACCCUGCUUUACGCCAUUGGUGAUCAAGAAGGGCUCUAA